AUGCGUUCGUCAACCUUUGUGGCAAUUGCAUCUUGCCUGGUAACUCUAGCCCAUGGCUAUGCGAACCCCGGAACAUGUUCUGGAGCUUGCAAUGUCCAUGAUCCUAGCGUUAUUCGCAGAGAAUCUGAUGGAAAAUACUUCCGCUUUUCAACCGGAAACAAGAUCUCUUAUGCAUCUGCAACUUCUAUUAAUGGUCCAUGGACGGUACUAGGGUCCGUUUUGCCAAGGGGGUCGUCAAUCGACCUGGCUGGGAAUUACGAUCCUUGGGCUCCAGAUGUCUCCGUCGUCAAUGGCAUCUACCAUGUCUACUAUUCGGUCUCGACUUUUGGUUCGCAGGACUCAGCUAUUGGGCUUGCGACAUCUAGCAGUAUGGAUCUGAAUUCAUGGACCGACCGUGGCUCUAUUGGUAUCCGGUCUAGCUCCUCUAAGCCGUACAAUGCGAUUGACGGCAACCUCUUCAAUGACGGAGGAAAAUAUUACAUGAACUUUGGUUCCUUCUGGCAUGAUAUUUACCAGGCACCAAUGAACUCAGCCGCAACUGCUGUUUCAUCCUCAGCCCACAACAUUGCCUAUAAUCCUUCAGGGACCCAUGCCGUUGAAGGAUCAUUCAUGUACAAGCAUGAUGGUUAUUAUUAUCUCUUUUACUCUGCAGGCAUCUGCUGUGGCUAUGACAAGUCCAAGCCAGCCUCAGGGCAAGAGUAUAAAAUCAAAGUCUGUCGUUCGACCUCAGUGACAGGGAAUUUCCUUGACAAGAACGGUGUUGCUUGCACGAAUGGAGGCGGCACAGUUGUGCUUGAAAGCCAUGGAACUGUCUACGGACCUGGUGGACAGGGCGUCUUUACUGACCCUGCUCUUGGACCUGUUCUGUAUUACCACUAUGUGGACACCAGGAUCGGCUAUGCUGACGGCCAAAAGCUCUUUGGAUGGAAUGUUAUUGACUUCUCCAGCGGAUGGCCUGUUGUGUGA